AGUCCAAAACAAAACCCUAGGAAGUUUAGGUCUCCGUGUAUUCUUAAUUUCAAGGGUUUCUUCCGUUUCUCCCCUUCAUUUCCUUCCACAGCCAGCGACCCACAGACCUGCUGCUGUGUGAACUCGGUCACUGGAAGCUAUGGCUUCAGAGAAGAAGCUCUCCAACCCUAUGAGGGAGAUUAAGGUGCAGAAGCUCGUGCUCAAUAUCUCCGUCGGAGAAAGCGGAGAUCGUCUUACCAGAGCCGCUAAGGUGUUAGAGCAGCUCAGUGGACAAACCCCUGUGUUCUCCAAGGCUAGGUACACAGUUCGAUCGUUUGGGAUCAGACGUAACGAAAAGAUCGCUUGCUACGUUACCGUCAGGGGUGACAAGGCAAUGCAACUUCUGGAAAGCGGAUUGAAGGUGAAAGAAUACGAGCUCCUGAGGAGGAACUUCAGUGAUACCGGCUGCUUUGGCUUUGGUAUUCAGGAACACAUCGAUCUUGGAAUCAAGUAUGAUCCCUCGACAGGUAUUUAUGGUAUGGACUUCUAUGUUGUCCUGGAACGUCCAGGCUACCGUGUAGGUCGUCGACGCAGGUGCAAGUCCCGUGUUGGAAUCCAGCAUAGGGUCACAAAGGAGGAUUCAAUGAAGUGGUUCCAGGUCAAAUAUGAGGGUGUGAUCCUUAACAAGUCUCAGGCAAACACUUAGAUGAGAAACAUCUUUAGGCCAAUUUCAAGUUUUGACAAGCUGAAGUUACCAUUUUGUUUUUGUAGACAGUUGUUUACUC